CAAUAAUUAUAGACAUACAUACACAAAUUAGGUCAACUCCCGAGUCUUUACACUAUACUCACAAUAAUAUUAUUGCGAAAUUACUUACUGCUUUAAUCCAUUUUUUGAUCUUCCAUGGAGCCAUGGCAGGACGACGGAGAGCUCCUAAUCUCCCUCGGCGUCGCCGAUGCCGAUCAUCCCUACCUCCACACUAUGGACGAACUCGACAAGGACGCGCAAGACGACAAAAGCUACACAGUUUUGGGGGAAAUUGACAUCCGCCGACGCCGGAAGGACGCCAUCGAUGACGUUCGGAGUGUGCUUUCCGUCUCCAAGGCUACGGCCUGCUUGCUUCUCCGCCGCUAUAACUGGAGUCCAAUCGGUGUGUACGACGCCUGGUUUCCGGACGAAGAGAGGAUUCGGAGAGCCGUCGGGCUACCUUCGGAGACCGCAACCACGUCGGAGGAUUCGGAGGCGCCUUGCGGAAUCUGCUUCGAACGGUGUUCGCCGGAGAGGAUUCACUCCGCCGCCUGCGGUCAUCCGUUCUGCGAAGUUUGCUGGAGAUCGUACAUUUGUACGGCUGUGAGCGACGGUCCUGGAUGCCUCGACCUACGCUGUCCGGAGCCGUCGUGCGGAGGCGCCGCCGUGGGUUUGGACAUGAUCGAAUCGCUCGCAUCUGAAGACGAUAAGAAGAAGUACGAUCAGUUCCUUUUGAGGUCUUACAUCGAGGAGAACAAAAAGUGCAAAUGGUGCCCUGCCCCUGGCUGCACCUACGCAAUCGAAUACGCCUUCGAGAGCGACACCACCGACUACAGCGUCACCUGCGAUUGUUCGCACAGCUUCUGCUGGAAGUGCACGGAGGAGAGCCACCGUCCCGUCGAUUGCAAAACCGUCUCGAAUUGGAUGGAGAAAAACGACAUCGAAUCGGUAAACACGCGAUGGAUUCUAGCGUUCACGAAACCCUGCCCUAAGUGCAAGCGUCCAAUAGAGAAGAACAGCGGUUGCAACAGGAUGACUUGCCGGUCGCCGUGCUGCUUCGUCUUCUGCUGGCUGUGCCUGAACGAUUGGGACGUCCAUGGCUACAAAGCCUGCAAUGGAUACAAGGCAACGGAGGAAUCAAGGAGCUCCCAGCAAAGUGCUCGGAAGCAUCUUAGAAAGUAUACUCAUUACUAUGAGCGAUGGGCUUCAAACAACAUGUCCAAACGGAAGGCCAUUUCCGAUUUACAGACUAUGAAGGAAGAGCUCACAGAAGAGGUGAUUGAGUCAAGGUGUGGCGAUCGGCUGAUGCUUAGGGUAGUUGUGGCUGCGUGGGAACGGAUAAUUGAGUGCAGAAGGAUUUUGAAAUGGAGCUACGUGUAUGGGUAUUAUCUAGCCGAGACCGAGGUUGCGAAAAAGCAGCUUUUCGAGUUCUUACAGGGGCAGGCGGAGUCGGCCUUGGAGAGGCUGCACCAUUGCGCCGAGCGGGGGCUUCGGAAGUACCUUCAGAGAGGGGACUCCUCAAAGAAUUUCGGCAGUUACCGGUUGAAGCUCAGGGGACUUACUAACACCACUAAGAAUUACUUUGAGAAUUUGGCUAAGGCUUUUGAGAAUGGACUCCAUGAGGUUGAUUCUGGUGCUGUUCAAAGUUCAGGGGCCUCUGCUGCUAGAUCUUUGAAACGUGGAAGGAAUCCGGUGCCUCAUGAGUUGAUAGACUUGGAUGAGUGAAACCAUGUAGAGAAAGGCAAGAAAACCACGGACAGUGACGAAUCCUAUUUAUCCGGCUGAGCUUAAAUGGUUAGGCACACCUCGACCUCAAUCCAUAUUUGUUCGUAAUUACUAUGCUCUGAUAUGCAUGUUUUGGCAGUGAUUUACUAUAGAUUUGUGAAAUUAAUUUGUGUGUUAUUUGCUGUAAGAGGUGGCCUGUAAUUUAAGUUCAUUAGGCACUGUACAUAUCUCUCUGCUCUUAAUCUGCAACCUUUAAGUCAAAAAUGGCUCAUAAAUCUAUCCACAAUGUUUAUACUAUCGAAAUCCUUUCUUUUGCUUUGUCGAUACAAUUACAAAUUAGAAUGAUGCGAGGGAAUCUGUAUUAAAUUAUUUCAUUUCAAAACAGAAUCUUGAAAUUAUAGAUUGUUUAGAAUGUUAAUUUCUUUAGGAUCUUUUACAUUGAGUUUAGCAUAUUUUGUUGAAGAAUGUUGCAUUUCUGUGCAUUUUCUAUGAGGGUUUUGUUAGGUGUUCUUCAAUAUGAUAAAUUUUACAUUCUAUUACUUGUACUAUUUGUAAUAAAUAGUUGAUCAUUCUGUAGUGUUCUAACUUGUGGGAUACAUGAGAAAACAAAUAAUGGUCCCUUUAAAAGCAUGACUAACUAACUAACCAGCAGUGUGGAGGAUGACAAAUAACACGGCCGUGUUGCGAAAGAGAUCUAACAUAAUAUGUGAAUAUAGCCUAGAUCCCUUUUUUUCUCUUUCUGUUCCACACAGUGUGCUUGGAUGCCGUCAAUGUUGCAAUGGUAUGGCUUCAGGUCAGCACCAUCCAAUGAGUAUGGAACCUGGAGAUGUAGCAAUGACUGAAGCAGAUGCAUCUAAACAGAGUGAAACACAAAGGACCAUCGAAAGCUUCAAUUCAAAUCUUCUACUCAACACCACCAGCAACAACUCCGGCAGCAGCGGCGGAGGACGACCACGACGGCAGUCUUCAUUUGUUCUUUCUGCUUGCUUUCGUCUUACCGUUUGAGCCUCGAAUGCGGCAGCGGCGGCGGACAAUCAUGACAGCGACGGCCUCAGGUCACUUGCCACAUAUGGUUCGCCUAGUGUGACUUGCCAGACGAGCUUAGUUUGCAAGGUAUUAGGUUCAAUUAGAGGUUUACCCAAUGCUCAUUUUCUGGUAGCGAUUGCGGAUUCCCAAGUAAAAAAAAAAAUAGAAAAAGAAUGGAAGAAGCAUAGCGGAAGCGGUGUUGGACAGAGCAACUCAGUGAAACUUUUUUAUUAUUAUUAUUAUUAAAUAUAUCAUUUAUUUAAUUA